AUGGGUGUGCAAAGUUCCACGGAAGUGAGAAGUGAGCAGUCCGGCCAGAAGACAGGUGCUCUGUGCUUCUGUUGUCAUGGAGGUGAUCAGGAGCCGAAGGAGAUCACUUCGGGCCCCAUUCUUCAUGAGGCCUUGGAGGCUCAAAUUCCUGUCGAUUUGUUCUCCUUCAAGGAGCAGCCAGUCUACAGCAGAUCCAGUAGCAGAUCACCCUCUGCCUCGGACAAUUGGGAGGUGCCGUCAGUCUAUGCAGUCUAUGGGAAAGGCAGUUGGCAUGCUGAAGGAGGCUCAUACCAAAGUCGGCAAUCCUUGGCCCACUCUCUUGCAGACGGUGAUGCUGUGCUUGUUUGGGCAUCGUGGCUUGUGAAGCUGGUGCGGGAGCCUCGUGCGGUCUUGCCUCAACGUCAAAACCUGCCUCCGGAGGCAAUGUGCAGUAUUGAUGCGGUUGUCAAAGGGACACCCUUGCUAGCGGUCUCGUACUGCUGGGCCACCUCGGCACAUCCAGAUCCUGAGGCCACACAGUUGCAUCUCUUGGGAGAGCUGUUGGACCUCUGGUUGUCAUGGCAACGAAGGAGCCCUCUUUUGAGCCCAGGCACCUGCAGUCAGGACCUGUUGAGCUCUGGCCAUGAAGCCGAGACCAGGAGUGAUGUGGCUGUUCUGGUCGACUGGUGUAGUACCUAUCAAGAGCCACGCUUUGCAGAUGAGCGACGCUCAUCAGAGCGGUUCUUGCAACAGGUGGGUCGAUGGUUUGCGCACGAGCAUACGACCGUAUGGCUGUUGACCAAUUCCCCUCUGGGAGCUGAGCCCUACAAAAUGCGCGGCUGGACAACCUUCGAGCAAGCUGUCAGUCUUUUGCCGACGGGCUGCAAGGAGGUACUGGACAUAGGUCGACUCACCCAGUUCUCUUUGAGUAACAUGGACUGGCCAUCAAUUGUCUCAGCAUGUCAGGCAAAACGAUUGCCACCUUUGACGCCCAGCGAGUUUCGGAAAGAAUUGCAGCAGAAACAUUUCUCUUGGAGUCAUGACCGUGACUUGCUUGGAAUCCUUUACCAGGAGGUCUAUGAGGAUGUUGUCGAGAAAGCCACUGAGAUGCCACUGUCGCGCAUGCGAUGGGGCGAUGAAGAGAUGGGGCAGUUGCACGGCGCAUUAGGAAGCUGUAGCCAGCUUCAACGUCUCGAUUUGACACGCAACCGCAUCAGCGACUCCGGCGCUGAGACCUUGGCCAACAUUUUGCUUCAAAGCCCUCGGGUACUUCAGUCUUUGCACCUGUUGGACCUUUCCGGAAACGAGAUCGGUGAUCCUGGUCUUUGCAGUUUAGCUGCUGCGUUGCCAAGCGUCCGAUCGAUCAAAGCCUUGGGUUUUGACAGCAACUUCAUUGGAGACCAAGGUGCUGAAAGUCUGGCCUUGGCUUUGCCACGCUGUUCAGGUUUGCAGCAGCUCAUUCUGCGGCGCAACGAGAUCGGUGACAGUGGAGCUGGAGAAUUGGCUCGAGCCAUUCCGCGCUGCAGCAAUUUGCAGCUCCUUGAUCUCAGCGAGAACGAGGUAAGUGACGUUGGUGCAGAGCGCUUUGCAGCGGCAUUGCCGAAGUGCAGUCAGCUACAGAGGUUCGAUUUGGCCCGAAAUCGCGUGGGCGACCGGGGGGCCUUGAGCCUUGCGGCGGUUUUGCCCAGAUGUGGACAGUUGCAGGCCUUCGGCCUGGGUGGCCAUGAGGUCGGCGAGAUUCUGGGCGGUGGCCGAAUUGGCGAUGGGGGAGCUGGCUUAUUGGCCUCUGCUCUGCUACGGUGUGAACGGCUCUGCAAAUUGGAUCUCAGCGAAAAUGAGAUCGGUGAUUGUGGCACAGCACAGCUGGCGGCUGUCAUGCCUCAUUGUGGCCAACUCGCAGAGCUUGAUUUGUACCGCAAUCGGAUUGCAGAUAGUGGCGUCGGAAGGCUUGCAGAGGCCGUGCCUCAGUGUGGCCAUUUGGAUUGGCUCAGACUCUUGGAGAACCCCUAUGGCAUAAAGGGAGCAACGCGGCUGCUUGAAGCAUGGGAGGCGGCAGGAAAGCCCAAGGGGCGUUUACUUUGUCAGCCAUCAUCAUCUUCAGGCAGAGGCUAUGCAGGAUGGGCAAACUGGGGUAGUGGUCCUACAACCCCAAGAGUCGCACCUGAAAGUCCAGGCUACGGCAAGGGGAGAUUCAGGAUGUCACUGCUUGGAUCCCCAAGUCGGAUCUUGGGGAGCUUCCAACAUCCAACAUCCUUGCCAAGGACAAAAGUAAGCAGGAGGCUUUCAGCGAAAUCGGUGUACGCACAAGAGAAUCCGAAAAGAUCUGGAAGCGGCUCGAGAGACAGGCGAACCAUGGCGAACCCGAACACGGGGUACGAAUCCUACAAGCACGCAACAACUGUUGGUGAGGCUGGGUCGAGGUCAUCUUGCCCCCUUGGGGCUUGGGGCCCGGGGCCUGGCCAUGGCUCCACCAUGGCACCGGAGCGACAGCCACCUGAGGACGAUCCAAUUGAAGAAAGCCCAGGUGAAAGCCGAAACUCCAGCGGCAAAAGUGCCAGCACCUGGGACAUCUCCCAAGCCUUCAAGAAAUUGAAGACAAAAGGACAUGUCAAGAUGGGUGAGGUCAUUGCGGAUGACAUGUGCCACCCAAGUGGCUCCCGGCCAGGACAGAGCAAAAUGCAAGAGACUUUGCGAUGGAGAGUGGACUGGCUCAUGAUGAGGAGGUGGCCCCCACGGAGGAUGACUCCAGUGCAGAGGAGCCGGAGCCUGCUCCAGCUUGUCUACUUGAAUCAGAUUGGGCAGAAGAUGAUCGAAGAGAUGAAGAGUUCAAAGAGUUCCAAGAGGCACAAGGCCACCUUCAACAUGCAGCAUGGUGCAGCCCUUACCUUGGCCAGGUUUGGACACUGUGUCGAUUGGAGACGCCAAGGAGAUGCAUUGUCCAUCAAGGAUGCCCAGGAAGAGGUGAAGGACAAUGUUGAUGAGUCUGGGGAGACUGUGUCCUUGUUAAAUGGCAAGCAAAGACGGGAAUGCUCUUGGACUUGCGGCAUUGCUGAGUUCAUUGAUGACCUGGGAGGUGCUGUGGGUUACAAACUAUUGAUCCUGUUGUUCUUCGUCGAGCAUGUUGAAAGAGGUUUCGUCAGCGACUUUACUGGCCAAGCAGAUUCUUACAUGUACAAAUCGUAUGGUGUUCCUGGUCCUCAAGUGAACAUUUUUUCAGGCAUAACACAACUUCCGUGGGCCUUAAAGCCAAUCAUCGGGCUUGUCAGUGACAUGUUCCCACUGGGUGGAUACAACAAGUCUCCCUACAUGAUCGCUGCCACUGUUCUGGGUAGCUUGGCGCUGGUGCUCAUCGGCAUCGUGCCCCACUCCAUGCUGUCAGUCACAAUGCUUGUGAUGUGCAUCUUCCUGAACCAGACCCAGCUCUCUGUGUGUGAUAUUCUGGCAGAGGCCAAAUAUGCAGCGAGGAUCCAAGAAGUGCCAGCAUUUGGACCCCAUGUCCUGAGUUAUGUGUGGUUUGGAAUGAACAUUGGGUCCUUAAUUGGAGUGCUCCUCUCUGGAGUUGUACUCGGUUCAUUUUCUCCAAAAUGGCCGUACUUGAUCGCAGCUUUGCCAGCAGCAAUGGUGCUGAUCCCAUUGCUUCUAGGGUGUUUGGAAGAGAAGUUUGUUCAGCAAGAUGAAGCAGUUGAGGCUCGCAAAAAAUUCUACCAGCAAACAGAGGCUAUGUUCCUCAGUGGGAUAAUUUGCAUCGCUUGCCUUGGACUCACGAUCUGUGGAUUGGUCUCUGCAAACAUCCAUGUGAAUGCUGCCGCUGCAGCCGCAGCUUUCCUGAUUGUCGGGGUCACGUUUAGCGUUUUCCUAUCUCCAACCAUUGCAAAGUUUAAUGCUUGGUCUUUGCUUCAAACCUCGCUUUCGCUAUCGACCAGAGGUGCUGCAUUCUACUUUCAGACAGACACCUCAAGCCAGUAUCCAGAGGGACCACACUUUUCGCCCUUCUUCUACAACUCAGUCAUUGGAACUGUUGGUUCAUUGAUGUCAUUGGCAGGGAUUGUGGCCUUCCAGCGCUACAUGACACAUUACCAAUACAGGAAGCUCUUGUUGGUUACGAACGUAGCUUUCUGCCUUCUGAACAUGCUGGAUGCCGUCCUGUACAGCAGGCUCAAUCGACGCCUGGGCAUACCUGACCAUGCUUUUGUUCUUGGUACUGGUGCAUUGCAGAAUGUCAUGAACCAAUGGCAGUGGAUGCCACAAGUGAUCAUCCUGUCGUAUUUCUGUCCCAAGGGAAUGGAGGCCACCAUGUACGCCCUUCUUGCUGGGUGCCACAACCUGGGAAAUUCUAUUGCCAGCAGCUGGGGUGCCCUUCUUAUGGAUACACUUGAGAUCAAUCCCAAUGGCUCAAUUGGAGAAACCGAUCAGUUUGCCAACCUCUGGAAAGCAUCAUUGGUUGCUUCUGUGCUUCCCUUGAUCUCUGUGGUUGCACUCUUCCAUUUCAUCCCGGAUGUGAAGCAGGGAGACCGCAUUGUGGAUCCAAACGCAAGUGCUACAAAGGAUUCAUUGUGGAGACGCUACUGGAGUAUCCAUGAGUCUGGAGAUGGAAUGGUGCCUAUCAGCCAGUCCAGUCAGGAUGCUGAUGCAGCUGAAGCCAGGGCCACAGCUUUGCCAAUCCACUGGCUACAUCGAUUGCAAAAUGAAGCCAAGGAGCUGCAACCUCCCAGUCCUCGACCUGGUUUUUCUGCCUUGCAAACGAAGAUCUCGAUGACUCCAUUUUUCAUCCCUGUCUUGUUCGCGCUUGUGCAAUCCACUGUGGCCGACAUGUUGGAGAAGACUGCCGCUUCCAGGGGCCCCAGGGGCUCUGGGCAGGUGAAUUUGGUACCGACUCUGGAGGAACCUUCUUCCUCAUGGCUUCUGCAAGAAGAUGGCUUUGAUACUCAGAUUCCCAUAGAUUUCAGCUGGACAGGCGUUCAGAAGAGACCAGCUCUUCCCAACGUCCCAGAUGUACUGAUCCUGGCGCUUGCCGCUCUUACCUUGGGAGUCUCGGUUCUACUGCGGGAGCUCUGUCGUGCCGGUCAUGACCAGAAACAGCAAAAGCCGAUCUCAGUCAAACCGAGCGAGACCACUGAUGCCUUUGGUUGCACAGAGUUGCAUGUGGCAGCAUCUGAAGGAUCUGCCCUCAAUGUGCGAAAACUGCUGGAAGGUGGAUCAGAUCCAAAUGCUAGAGAAGCUUGGGAGGAGACGCCCUUGCACAUGGCAGCUCGAAGUGGGAAUGUGCAGGUGGCACAGCUGUUAGUCUCUCACGGGGCAGAGGUGAACGCCCUCAAUUUGGAUGAUCUCACGCCUUUGGUCAUCGCAGGGCAAGAAGGGAAACAGGAGCUAUGCAGUUUCCUUUUGGAUGUGGGAGCCUGUGCUGGUGGCAUGGAAGAGGAGAAACUUCCCUGCUUGUUAAGCAGUUUGCUGAUGCAGCGCAUUUUGAGUGGCACGGAGAAGAACAAGGCAGCCUACAGUGAUGGAAGCAAGCCUUUCUUUGCAAAGGAUGCAAAUGACGAGAACAAUGGGGAGAACAAUGAGGAUGAUGGGGACGAGGAGAAACAGGCCUUCGAAUCUGCUCAAGAACUGUCUUUGGAGCAGAACCGCUCCGAAAGACGACAACGCCAAGAGCGAGAGCGAGACCUUCUUCACCAAGGGAGUUUGGAGCCUUUGGAACGCUUGGAUGAGGACUUUAUUUCUCAUCAAUGGCAGGGGCAGAUAGCCAAAGAACACUAUUUGGGAUGUUUGUGGAAUUUCCGCACUGCAAUCACCGUUUGCUUGGCCACUGAAGACUCCAUACGUGGUAAUCGCUACGCAAAUCUGACCAGCAUCAAAGCCUUGAACCCUUUGGAAGAUCAAGUUCUGACUGGAAACCAAUGCUUUCGGAGUGUGCUGGUGGCCCAUGACUUGCAAGAGAAGUUUUUGCAUUUCUACCAGGGUCAUGGAAUACCACCAAUUGAAGAGACACUUUGGGUCAUAGCUUUGACUUCUGAAGGGCAAGAGGAACUCUUUGAGGUGUGUCCUGGAAUGCUCAUCACUUCCCUGCUGUUCCAUUCAGAGCUGCGCUUGUCUUUCAAAGCAGACGAUCUUUGGGGUCGAAUGCAGAGAUUCAGAGCACAUACCUUGCUGCGGCAGAUGGUGUCGGUGCCAAACGGAAGCUUCGAAAUGGAUCAUUACCGUGUGAUGAUGCGAACAUGGCCUAUAGCAAUUGCAGGGGCAAGGUCACUAAAGCUUCAAAAAGCUGUAGCAUUUUCGACUCCAAGUGAAUCCGUUGACCUUGUCAUUGUCUUUUGCAAGGGGCAUUUGGACUGGUUGGAUGACCUAAGUUUGCCUGCGAAGCAUCGUAUUUUGGUCUAUUUGAAGUGCUCAAAGAAUCCUUCGAUCCACUCCUUUUGCAAAGAGCUGCACUGCAUCCCAGCAAUGUUUGUCGAUCAAAGAGGUGAUGGAGCAAUGCAGUCAAGUGAUGAGUGCGGUGGCUACCUGCUUCAUAUUCACAGGUAUUUUGCUGACCUCUCCGAUUGGACCGUUUUCCUCCAAGAUGAUGCGCCGCGGCAUUUGCACUUGGCUUAUUUGAACAUGGUGCUCAAGUUGAUGGCAUCCGGGACGUUUGUGUAUCACCUUCCAGGAGAAUUUUUGCAUCUGAACAACGACCGACAUUUGUUGUACUGGACUCCAUGUCUUGACUCCGUCAUGAAGGUUCUUGGACUGCCAUCUGCCCGUCUUCUGGCGACAUACUGCUGCUCACAAUUUGUGGUCCACCGGAAUCAGAUUUUGAAGCGCGGACUGGCUUUCUUUCAGAAAGCUGCAGACCUGUUGAAAAAUAACUUUGAAGACAUUGCUGGGUGCAAAUACGAAUCAAAUCGGUCUUCCGCAUCGAGCAUGCGAUCGGAAUGGAACAUUUUUGCUGAUCUCAGGCAGGAGAGACUGGCUGGGGAGUCUGAAAAUGAAAACGUCCCCGAGACCACAGCAUUCCAAAUGAGGCUUUGUUACCUUUACGAACUCAUUUGGCAUGUCGUCUUCGGCGCGACCCCAGUCCUACCAAGACGGGAAGACGAUUCCACGUUGUCCGCAAUUUUGAGAUUCACUUUGGAUGAUGUGACUUCGCUACCACUUCCAGACCAUUCCAUGUUUGAAAGCGAAGAGAACCGAAAGCUCCUUUACGAUUAUUUAGAGCUACAAACGAAGGCAGUUGCUUGGUACAAGGAGCCAGCUCAGGUCUACUUUGAAGGAAGACGACGUGUGAUGUUGUCGUUAUUGGAGCAGCCAGACUCAGAUGAGGCAGUUACAAAUUUCCUCGAAGAGGAAGUGGCAACUGCUCAGAAAGCACUUUACUACAUGCCCGACAAGGGACACUACCUGCCCAGCCUUUUCAUCCACCGUGAAGACGACUUAGCUACCGGUUGCGUUGACCUUGAGGAAUAG